AUGGGCUGUUCUGCCAGUGUGCAACCUUCGACCAUUAUGCAGCCAAAAGCUACAAUGCCACUCACAGUAAGCCCUGCGUCGUUCAAAUCACCUAUUGUCUCUGGACAGUCAAGCGAACUACGUGAAGUUAAGCAAUUGAUCGAAGUAUCGACUCAAACCGAUGAGACUCAAAAGGCUGAUGCAAGCGUAAAUACAACGAUCGACAGUGAAAAGAUUGGCAAUGAUUAUUCAACAUUAAAUGAUACGACUUUACCUAAGAACCAAGAUCCAGAGAAACAUUCAAUAACAUCUCUAGUUCAACCAAAAACAAAAUUAGUAACAUUGAAUGAUCAGCUAAGCGCCUUUCCCAAUCCUCGUCUUAGUGCCAAUCUGAAUAGCGAAGAAAUACAGUGGAUACUGAAAGAUUUGAACGCUCAACAGUACUGCAUGAUGAUUCAACAAGAAUUUUUGUCUCUUGGUCCAAUGGCUAUUAAGGAAGCUAUUGAUGCUAUGAAAAAAGAACAGGACCUUCAAACAUUAAGCUCAGAUGUUUGGUGGCUGCUUGAAGAGGCAGCAAAAACUGGUGACGCUUCGUAUUUCAUUCGAGCCUACACUGUUGAAAGUGACUUCUACAAGAUAUUGAAUUGCAAAUUGGCUCAGCAAGAUCUAAAAACUACAGAUGGUCUGGAAGCCGAGGAACAACUACAAUUCCUUAUGGGAACCGUUUUUCAACAGGUGGGUCAACUAGUCUCUCGUGCUCAAGCAUUUCAAGGAGGGCAACCAUUGCCGAUUCAAAAUAGUAACGAAUCAAAUUGGGCCAAACUAUUCUUGCGACCACUCUAUAUGCUUCUUUCGACACCAAAUUCAAGCAUUCGAUUCCAGGGAUCGACAUAUCGAGGUGUGUGGAUUUCACUCGAUCAAUUAAAAUGUUACCUGGAGGACACAAAAUUCGUAUGCAACAAAGCAAUUACAUCCACAUCGAAACUUCGUACUGUUGCUCAAAGUUUUAUAGACAGUGUUCGUGAUCCACCAGCGGAAAAGCUAUCUGCGAUGUUCACAUACGUAAUAGAGUCGUAUAGCGCAUUAUAUGCCUUAAAUAUAAGAGAUUUUUCUGUGAUUCCCGAAGAAGAGGAAGUACUAUUGUUACCUGGAGUAUGUUUUACUGUAAGCAAUGUUCAGUUUAUCCCUCCGCGCUCAGUAGAAAUUGAACUUCGAUCUUCUCUGGGAGAACUGGCUAACAUGAUGUCAUCAGGUAUAAGCUCUUUAUUUUCACUGUUUCAUGAAUAA